AUGGAAUUCACUCUUCCCAACCUUUUCCCUAUACUAAUGGAUUCAACCUCUCCUAUGAAUGAUGAGCCCACACUUCCAAGCAAUUCAUCAUUUACUUUCCUCGUCUCUGUUGUGCCCACUAAGGAACACAUAGUCACAACCAAGGAAAUUCAACUCCAAGACACGGUGCUCAACUUCAAUUUCAAGGGCUACAUGAUUGCCAAGGCCCACACAGUAAACCAAGCCUUGGACACUGCCAUUGCGUUGAGGGACCCACACAAGAUCCACGAAGCCAUGCGCUACUCCCUCCUUGCCGGCGGCAAGAGGGUCUGCCACAUGCUCUGCAUCACCACAUGCGAGCUCGUCGGUGGCACAGAGGCCACCGCCAUCCCCGCCGCCUGCACCGUCGAGAUGAUCCACACCAUGUCGCUCAUCCACGACAACCUGCCAUGUAUGGAAAAUGACGACCUUCGCCCCGAAAAGCCGACCAAGCACGACGUGGCGGUCCUCACCGGCGACGUGCUCCUCGCCUUCGCGUUCGAGCACGUGGCAGCGUCCACGGAGGGAGUGUCACUGUCACCCGUGGUUCGAGCGAUUGAGGAGUUAGCAAAAUCGGUCGGUACGGAAGGGAUUGCCUUUAUUUCUAGGAGAUCAUUUGGUUAUCCUUUUUCUCUCAACCAGAUGAUCUCUCUACAAGGAUCUGUAUUGGUGGGAUCAAUAUCAUAUGGGAAACUAUUAUUAGCUGGUCAAAUGGAUCGUAAAUAUCCAGAAAAGCAUCUUGUGUGGUAUCGGGUUUCUUGCAUCAUUCCCCAAAAUAAGGUUGACAAGGACAAGAGAGAGAAACCUUCCUCGUCUUCCAAGAAGACAGUUUCUGAAUGCUUAGAAGAAAAGUACUUUGUUGGCCUUGACUUGUCCAUCAGAAGAUGGUUGUGUAGUAGUUUGUCUGAAAAUGAUGACAUGAUAGUGUUCUUUAAAGCAAUGAUUGUACUGGCAGAAAUUGAGUCUUUAAAGGUUAGAGCACUUUACCAAAAGGGGUUUGCACUGGCAGAAAUUGAGUCUUUAAAGAAUUUGGAAGAGUUUAUUUGGUUUUGGUGUUACUGUGUUAGAAAGUCAAAAGAUUUACAGAAUAUAUAUGCUCAAUUGUUGCCUCUGGCUUUGCCUGCACCACCAAUGGGUGGAUUGGGGAUGCCUCCAAUGCCACCUUUUUAG